AUGGUCACCGGAUAUGGUGUGGACGUGCGAAUGGUUACCGCUAUAUUUAACCCGGAUGCUGACUCCGUAUUCCUGUUAAAAUAUAUAUAUGAACGAAAAGUUUCCGAUGGUAAUAUUCUUUAUGACCCUAAAACAUCAUCUGAAAUAGAACUUAAUGGAAAAACCUUGAAAGUACACAAGAACUAUCAACCGCUAUUAGGUGAGACGAUAGCCAUUAUUACACCGAAAGAAUAUGCCGAAAUAUGCGAUAUUCAUGAGCUUCCAAGUAUCUAUAAAACAAAUUUGGAUAGCUGUACAAAUGAGAUUCUGCCUUACAUUAUCCAGAAGAUUAAGAUGUGGGGAUGCGAUGCACUUACAGCAAGUAGUAUUUCAAGACUACUAUUGAAAGAACCUAAGAUGCCUUCAUCUACUACUGUAAAGUCAAAAAAAGGACCCUCGUUCGGAAAAACAUUAGGUUUAAACCUUGGCAAAGAGUUAGAUAAAACAGCUAUAACACCAUCGAAUGCAUCUAAACGGAAUAAAAAUCCAUUGAAUCGAUUUGAUUGUAUUGUCAGAAUACUUAGCUCUGCAGAAUGUACUGUAUCUCAAGAUAUUCUACGAAUAAUGGCAAAAUUUCCAAUGGCUCUACCUCUUAUAAUGCCAGACAUUGAACAAGAAAAUGAAUUUAAAGUGAUGCUUCCACUCCUUACUAGCCCUGUAAUCAAACGGGAAGUUAAAUAUAGCGUUGUUAAUAGCUCUGUAAUUAAACAGGAAGUUAAAUCCAGCGUUGCUAAAAGCCCUGUAAUCAAACAGGAAGUUAAAUAUAACGAGAUUAACGAGAUUUUUGAAAAUCAUCUUUUUUUAAGUCCAUUCAAAUUGCUUGUCGCUCUGCGGCUUGGCACGAAUAUUCCAUCAGGGAAAAGUACAAUUCUCAAUCAAUUGAUGGCAACAGAACACAUGUUUUCAUCAAGUAGUGAUCCUGGCGCGUCACGAGGUCAACCAUAUACCCUUUCUGGAAGUGUGGAAUUUGUUUGGCUUACUCAAGAAACUUGUAAUGACAGCUUGUGGAAAAGCGUUAUGGAGCCAUAUUAUAGAAGCAUAAAAACCGAAGAAAUCGUGUUACUAGCAAAUUUACAUGGUGACGCGUUAGAGUAUAAGGAGCAUAUUAAAUGGUUAGAUCAGAUUGCAUCCAGGUUUUUGGUCUUUAUUAUGCCAAACGCUGGAGAGCAAGAGUGGAUAGAAUUAAGCGAUAUUUUAGAUCCGGAAAAAUUAGUCCACUUAUUGGUAGAUCCCCAAUACAGCGUAGAGGAUGAAUUCAUUGAAACUCGGAAUUUAACAAAUGAUGAUACAUUGGAAAUAGUACGAGCUAAAUUUAAAGAUGCACUAGAAUCAAAUAUUUUCGAUAUUGAUAUCAGCAAGAUCAUGUGUGAAAAACCAUUAAAAUUAGCAGAGAAUGUUUAUUGUGAUGAAUCUCGAAGAAUUGUGAACUUUAUUAAAAAGAAAUCUUGUUAUAGAAUAAAAAAGAUCAUAAAAAACCGAAAUCGACCUAGGGUUGGAGACGAAAUAAAAAAUACAGCAAACAAAGAUCGCGAUAAAAGAUUAUUAAAAGAAUUAAUGAAAAAUUUUGAAAGCAUUUUGAUGUUACCACUUGGUGAAAGGAGAAAGGCCAUGGCACAUCUAGAGCGAGGUCUUAGUGAAGUUUCGGAAAAAGAAUCAUCAGCAGUCCGAAAAGAUCUCUUAAGAUCAAAGGGAGAUCUUAUUCGUGAAAUGGAUCUAAUAAAAGGCGAUAAAGAUAAGAUAAAAACACUUAGAGAUCAAGUUAAUGCUUUUUUAGAAAAAGUUGAUGACGUAAGUUUAGGCUUGGAGCAUUUCUUUCGCGAACUUGGAAAAUUUUACGAAAUCUCUCUUGAUAACCAAUAUAAUCCCGCUUUGCGAUUACCAAAGUCUUGUGCGGAGUUGUUUGUUGAUAAUCACGCAAUUGAAUUGAUUGACGGCGACGCUGAUGAAAUGCAAAGUGUUUGGCUAUCCGCGAUUUUUAAAGAGAUCGAUGCGUUGUUCCCUAAUUUGCGUAUUUUUGUUGUAUCCAUACUCGGUCUGCAAUCAUCGGGAAAGUCUACCCUUUUGAAUGCCCUUUUUGCCUGCAGAUUUGCAGUAUCUGUAGGGCGUUGCACUCGAGGCCUUUUUAUGAGGUUGCUAUUUUUAGAUAAAAAACUCCGCGAUAAAAACAAUGUGGAUGCGAUUCUUCUUAUUGAUACAGAAGGUCUUGGUGCCCCCGAAAAGAUGAAUGAUAAAUAUGCAACACAGAAAGAUCGGAGACUGUCAACAUAUGUAAUGGGUAUUAGUAAUUUGACAUUUAUUAAUCAUAUGGGAGAAUCCAUGAAUGAGUUAACCGAGAUCUUACAAAUUGCAAUCGUUGCAAUGGCGCGUUUAGAAGAGAAUAACAUUGCACCCGAUAUCUUUAUGAUACAACAUCUUACUGAAAGUAAUACGGGAAAAUCUUUCUCGGGACAAACUCAAUUCUAUAGGAGAAUUCAAAAUGGAGAUUUUAUCAAACAGUUUCGUCCCUUAAAAAAUGGUUCAAGUUCUUACGCUCCUCCGUCAGAACAAUACCAUGAAGACGUGGUCAAUUUGUAUAAAGAUAUACUUGACGCAUGUGGACGUCCAAUAACGUUUAAUAAAUGGUAUACACUCGCUAAAGGUUAUUGGGAGUGUGUUAAAAACGAAAAUUUUGCUACUCAGUUUAAAAAUAUCAGUGAAAUGUAUAACUUUAUGGAGUUAAGCAAAAAUAUUGAAGAAGUAAAAGAGGCUGUUAAUUCAGAUUUUCGAGCCCAUGCCAAGAAAUGUGAAGAUGAUAUUCGAAAUGAAUUUUUAUUCUUAUCCCAACAAAAUGGAUCCAAUAGAAUGCAAGCUAUAGAGCAUAACGUACGUGAAGGUUGUAAGGUCAAGAUCAUAAAUCAAUUAAAAGUGGCAAUGAAUGACGAAAUUUGUAAGGAAUGCCAAAAUGCGAUAAAUAGGAUAAACCAAUUCAAAGAAUAUUUGCAAGAAAAUGAAUAUUUAGAAGACAAAACACGUGAAAUUUUGGAUACUAUUAAGGAACAUAUUGAUAGUACACGCAAAGGUACAGAAGCACAUCUCACUCAGAUUAUUGACGCAAAAAUCAUUGAAACGGGCUGCAACACAGAAUUUAUGGAUGAAAUUACAACCAGUCUAGAAAUAAAAUUGAAGGAGAGGCCAUCGGGCAAGUAUAAUGAUAAAGAAUGUCGAAAAUUUUUUGAAGAAAUUUGGAAGAAUUUGGAAAAAAUUGCAACCGACAAGAAUAAUAUACCGCCAGUUGAAGAUCGAAUUUUAAAUGAAGUAGAAAAUGCAUACGGAAAUCUAUCAACUGUUCGCGAUCAAUUUCGUAAUUUCAUUACAAACAAUAAUAUUGACCAAAGAAGUACGAAUAAUACAUUUUCAGAUAAUGUUAAAGGAUUCUUUUUUAAUAUUUUUUCGAACAAAGUACAGAAACAAAAGGAAAUAGAAGGAAUUUUAAAAGAAGAGCUCAAUGAAUUGACUGAUAAAAUAAUGGAAAUGAAAGGCACAGGUUACUUUGAAAGUGGGAUGAUAAAUAAACUUAAAAUCCGGGUGGACACGCUAAUUAAAGGGUUUCAAGUUCAACAUGCUCUAUUCAAAAAUGGAGAUGACAAAACUAAAUGGCAUUUACACGUUGAAACUUUGAAAAUUUUUUAUAAUAAAAUUGUAAUAGCUCAACAUAAGUGGGAUGAAAAAAACAACCCACUUAAGAUACUUCAAAAACGGAAAUCUGAUUAUGAAACUUUCAUCAUCGGACGACUUCAGAAAGAUUUUUCGGCUGUUUCUGAUGGUAUUUUUGUUGCAAAUUGUUUACUUAAGAAGAUCAUGAUUAUGGCUGCGGAAAAGGCUAACAGUGAAAGAAAGAGUAGAAUACUCAAAUUUAAUUGGAUAAAAGAUGUCACACAUUUACGGUAUAACUAUUUUAAGCAACUCGCCAUGAGAGUCAAAGAGAAUAAAGCUCUUGAUCACUUUUCAAACCCAAAAGAUAGUAUCGAAAGUUGGUUUAGUGAAAUAGUAAAUGAAAGUCAUUGCGAUGUUCUACAAGAAAUAUAUGAAAAGACCUUUAAAGAAAAAUUCCAAGAGAUAAAACAAAAAAUAGAGACCAAUUCCGAAUUUCCAGAAAAUUUAGAUGUAAUUAAAAGUUAUCUGGAUGAAGCAGAUAUUAUGGCGUUUAAUAUGAUUGAAGAAGCAACCGAUAAGAAUAUAAAAGUGUUUCAGAAGAGUAUAUUAAAAACAUUAGACGAUGUUAAAGAAAAAUAUGAUUUUAAAAAUAUUAACUUCUGUAAUCCAUCAGAAGACGAUGAUAUAAUGAAAAAACUUGGCUGCACAUAUUCGUGCUUUUGGUGUGGAGCUCUCUGCUGGGGACCGCGAGGACACAAAAAUAAUAUUGAUGAAACAAAAAUGCAUAGUACAUGCCACCAGCCUCAAGGACUUACAGGAACACAUAUUAUAGGUACCAAAGAGUUAAAAUCAUGGCCAUGUCAUCUAAUAGAUGAUAACGUUGGUUUUAGAUGGGGAGGAAGAGAAGACUUUGUGAAAUGGGGUGUCACAAAGAGAGAACAUUUUCCUGAAUGGAAAUUUAGCGAACAUCACAACACUACACUCAAUAAAUUAAUGUGCUGGUUCUUUCAAGAACUGAACGAGAAGAUAGCACAAAGUAAAGGUCUUGCCCCGGCAAGUAUAAGUGAAUUGCAAAAAUACAGAUGCGAUGGAUUGGAAUAUAGUAGGAUUAUGAACGAGUUAUACUCAAUAUUUGAGUAA